GAGAGGAGAUGAAGGCUGGUCAAGUACUGUCACAUUCUGCAAGCAUCACUAGCUCGCCUGGACACCAGAAGCUUCUCAGUAUUACAAUGAAUCUAAAUUGUGGAUAUACAGUCAUUGUUCACCCUAAUAGCUGCCUGAUCAAUAUUUGAAGUGGAGAAAUCGAUGGUGACCAUUUCUGAGCAACACCUAUUGGGACACACUGUGAGAUUAACCGCUGGGCUCUGGAACUUCACAUCUUAAAAUGUCAGAUCACGAGGACCUGAAUAAAGCCAUGGGACACUGGAACGCCUCUGAGAGCUACCAGCUGAACCCAGCCAGUGUCAUUGUGUCUGUGGUCUUCUCGCUCAUCUUUCUUCUGGGGACCAUUGGGAAUAGUCUGGUACUGGCUGUGCUCCUCAGAAGCGGGCAAGUCGGGUACAACACCACCAAUCUGUUCAUCCUCAACCUCAGCGUAGCCGAUUUCUUUUUCAUCAUCUUCUGUGUGCCUUUCCAAGCAACCAUCUACUCCCUGGAGGGUUGGGUUUUCGGUUCCUUCAUGUGCAAGGUGGUUCACUUCUUCAUCAACCUCACCAUGUACGCUAGCAGUUUUACUCUGGCUGCCGUGUCUGUGGACAGGUACCUGGCCAUCCGCUACCCCCUGCGCUCCAGAGAGCUGAGGACGCCAUGUAACGCCGUAGUCGCGAUGGUGGUCAUCUGGGGCCUGUCGCUCGUUUUCGCCGGGCCUUAUUUGAGUUACUACGACCUCAUUGAUUUCGAAAACAGCAAUGUGUGCGUGCCUGGAUGGGAGGAGCACAACCGUAAGGUUCUGGACACUUGCACCUUUGUUUUUGGCUACGUUAUUCCCGUGCUCAUCGUGAGCCUGUCCUACACGCGCACCAUCAAGUAUCUCUGGACCGCGGUGGAUCCCCUCGACGGGAUGUCGGAGUCGAAACGAGCCAAGCGCAAAGUCACCAAGAUGAUCAUCAUAGUCACUGUGCUCUUUUGCAUCUGCUGGCUACCGUAUCACGUGGUCAUUCUCUGCUACCUCUACGGAGACUUUCCCUUCAAUCAGACCACCUAUGCCUUCAGGCUGCUGUCCCACUGCAUGGCCUACGCCAACUCUUGCCUCAACCCCAUCGUUUACGCCCUGGUGUCCAAGCACUUCCGCAAGGGCUUCAAAAAGGUCUUCAGCUGCAUCCUCAGCAAAAAGGGACGGAAUAAGGUGCACGUGGUCCACGUGGCCAACACCGUCCCUGGCUUCGAAGCGGGAUCCACUGAAGUGUCUCAAAUGAACGAAGAGAACGCCAGACAGAACGAGAACGAAAUGGUCAACCGCCCACUCGCGGAGCCGCAGGACGCCACUAUGACUAUAACGCUACCCUUCCAGAAUCAGCCAUGAAAAAUCAAGCACACGGCUAAUGAUGCCUUACAGAAGCCUUAUUAAAAAACUCAAACCGAGCCGGAGGAUUUCAGCAGCUUAGAUCAACAUCACCAUGGUUUUGCAUUGACUGAAAGCGAACAGCGGAAUCUGUAGUAAUCGCCGGGCAAUUUGGUUCUCGUACAAAUGCAUCUUUGUGUUUUGCUUCGUUGUUUUGGGUUCCGAUGCUAAAUUAUGUCUUGUUUACGAACUCCUCUUUCUUUUUUCUAGCAGCAUCGUCUGUUUGUUUUCUAUUGACGUGUUACCCUCUGAGCAUGUUUCAAUUUAAUGCUGUGAUGACUAUUCUCCUGUGAAAAUUUGUUACCAAUUAUUGUGUGUAACACACUUUAAUAUCUGAAGAGCCCUGUGUCUUUAUGUGAGCAAAGCUGUGAUUUCCUACUGUGCUUGAAGCUUUGAAGAGGACUCUUUGAUUAUGCUCCUCAGCUUUGCUUAACAAGCUCUUUAAAAAAAAUAUGCUUACGUUAAGUAUGAUAUGUUCUUGCUUUUACCUCUGUUUCUAAGCUCUGCAAUUCUCUGAUGUUUUAAAGUCUUGAAAUUAUUUAAUUGGUAAGUUUUAUAUCAAUUACUACAUUGCAAAAGCCCUAAAAACAGGGUUAUACAAAAAAUCUCAGAGUACAGACUACUAACAGUUAUUGUGCACUACGUAUGGUUAUUGUGCUGUCUUAAAGGAAUAUUCUGGAUUCAGUACAAGUUAAGCUCAGUCGACCACAAUGGUGAUAAAAUGUUGAUUACAAAAGAAGUAUUUUCAACUAUGCUUCCUUUUCUUAAAAAAAGCAAAGUCUUGGUUACAGUGAGGCACCUAACUGAAGCAAAUUGAGCUAAUAAUAGGGACGUAAAUGUGUCAAUAGUACAGCCACAAAACAUUUUAAUGCAUGAAGAAAUGCUUAGAAUCCUUUUCUUUGUAAAGUCAUAUCCGUUUUUUUACAACAUGACAACUUAAAAAACUAAACGACCAGAAUAAUUCAUUCAUAAAGUUAUAUAAACAUUACAUGUAUGCUUUUAAAACCUCAAAAACUGGCCCUAUUUCACUGUAAUCUUUUUUAUUUUUAUUUUUUUUUUUUUUUGAAGGAGAAAAGAGAGAGAUGACAAAAUUAGUUUGUGAUCAUCAACACACAUGUUGCACUUGUACAGAACCUGGAAUAUUUCUUUAUCUGUCUUCAGUUCAUUCAUUAUGUGUAAUGUACUGUAGCUAUACAGCAAAUGCUGUGUUGGAAGUUUUAAAUUUGUUGUUAACAGUGAAUUUCAAUAAAA